AUGGUUGCUGUACUUGGAAAGAGAAAGAGAAGAGUAGAGAUUACUGCCGAGCGACCACAGCAGGCAGAAGAAGCAGAAAGCGACAAUGAAGCCAUGCGCGCAGCGUUUAAGAGAGCAUUCGAGGCAAAGUUUCAGCCUCUGGAAGAAGUGAAACCUGCGAGUCCUCUCAACGCCCAUGUACAGAUACUGCGCGAAGCCGAAGGAGAGGAGCAAUCCGAAUUCAGUGGCUUCUCGUCAGAGGAUGAGGAGGAGGAAAAUGUCGAGGUAGUAGAGGUCGCCACGGUUUCAAGACACAGAACAGAGGGCACAAUCAGAUCCGAACAGCGGAAGUUCAUGUCUUCAAAACCCCCCAUAUCCAUCACCAAGAUCCCACCCACCACGAAAUCCAAAAAGCCACCCUCCGACUCCGACGACGAAGGCGAAGCCGUAAAUCUCAAAAAGGACCGCGAACUCCAACAACUCCUCCGCGAAUCGCACCUUCUCGACCGCACCAGCUCCACCAGCCUGAAUCCCACCGGCAAGAAUCGUCACAAAGCAAUCGAUCUUCGCAUUCAAGGACUCGGAUCCAAGGUAUCGGUGUUUAAACAGGAGAAGAUGCCCGCGUCCCACCGCAAAGGGAUUGUGGCGAAAGCCAAGAAUAGAGAGGAUACAAGGCGCAAGGAAGCGAAGGAGAAUGGGAUUGUGCUGGAGAGGCCGCAAAUAAAGAAAGGGAGGGAUGCGGCGAAGAAGAGGGACAGGGGGGUAGGUGGACCGGCGGUGGGGAGGUUCAAGGGAGGGACGCUGAGUUUAAGUAAGGGUGAUAUUAGGGAUAUUGUUGGAUCGAGAGGUAAGGGCAAAGGGAAGCGGAGGUAA